CGAAGUGAAUCAAAGGGACUUCCCAGGACUUUCCUAUGGAUUCGACACAUAUGUACACAGAAAUGCACAAAGUGUAGCAUUGCACCUAGUAUGCAUAUCCGUGAACAUUGUGCAGGAUUCAAUUGGAACAAGUGAUAAGCAGUAAUAGAUAACACUAAAACCUACAGUAUAAUCAAGUAUAAUUAUACAAAAAACAAAAGCCCUUUAUAAUGUAUACAAAAUUUAAAAUAAACGAUUUAACAGGACCAGCUAAACACUUUGCCAAACCACAGAUCGUUGGUCAUUAUAGUAUCAACGGUGUAAGAGAAUAUUGUAAUGAUUUAUCACAAUUGAAGUAUUACAUAAAACCGUUGGAUCCUGAUAAUGUCUAUUUUGAUCUUGACGAUAAUCAUAAUACGAUAUACAAACCAGAAAACGAUUAUUCUAAGUUAGAUAAUUUAUUACGAUGGAUGUCAGAAAAUUUCGAUCAACUUAAAAGACAAGAUUCCAACAAUGAAAAUGAUCGCUGGUUAGAACCCGAAAUUGUUUGCUUUCGCGGUUUGUUAAAAAUUCUGAUGAUUACACCAUACCAUAAAGAAGAUGGGUGGAUUAUAUGCGCUUCAAAAUUUAAGGGGACAAUAUAUUUAUGCGCCUUUGAUACUGAUAAAAAAAAACAGAGAAUUUUGAAUGAACCUGCUCAUAUAAAACAAUGGUCUUCAUGGGGAUACAAAUUUGAACAGUAUUUGUUAUCAGGUAAACCUUCUACAAAUCCAGAUUUAUCUGUCCCUUUAAAUCAAAAUGAAGAAUUUUGUUGUGUAUUCAAGUCCAAGCUUAGGGAAACAGUUUUACUUUAUGGGGCUGAAAUUGAUGGUAUUUGUUUCCAACAACAAAUAGAAGAUAUAUUAAUAGGAAAAGAUGUUGAAUUAAUAGAAUUAAAAACUGUGACUCAUAGAGCUUUUAACAGCAAGGGUGAUAUGCUUCCUGUCAAAGGAGGCUACAGAGCACCUAGAACUCUACAAUGGUGGUGUCAGUGCUACUUAGUAGAUAUAAAAAGGAUUACAUGUGGUCAUAGAAAUGAUGAUGGUAUUGUUACCAAGAUAAAGGAAUAUAACCUCAGGCAAUUAGCAUCUGAUUCAAGAGGUUCAUGGAGCCAUGAAAUAUGCAGAAAUUUUUGUGAUCAGUUUCUACAGAAAGUAAAAACGAUCGUUACCGAGGACUACGAGAAAUGUCUCUAUAAAUUUACAUAUGAACCAAGAAUUGACAGCAUUACAGUUCACAAGAUAAAACCUGAUCCUAACUUUGAAUACACUUUUCUACAUUCGUGGUAUAUCGAUAAAGCGAAGCGACAUUUUGAAAACCGUUAA